AUGCUAAUUUCAUGUUUUAAGUUAAUUUUGUUAACAAUAACUACUAUUUCAUUUACAAAUGGCAACUCAUAUCUAAUUGAUUUCGAUUGUCAAAAAUCGUUGGCUGAUUUAAAUGAUAACCACUUAGGGUUAACAUUAAAUGAAUUAAACAAAUUAUAUGAUAAAUGUGUAGAAAGUAAGGGACAAACAAUUAGUGAUUUAUUUAAUGAGUCAAAGAGGUCUCCGUUUAGUUCAGAAGGCAUUAGAUUUAAACGACAUUUUAGUCCUAAAGAAGAAGACAUUCGCUAUAAGAAGAGUCCGUUUACUAAGGAAGGCAUCAGAUUCUUGAGGAGUAGUAAUAAUGAUUUGGAUUCAGAGGUUUGGUUCAAAUGGAAUCCAUUCUCCAGAAGUUGGUUUAAGAGGAAUCCAUUCAAUGAAGAAGGCAUCAGAUUCAAGAAGAAUCCGUUUGAAAAGGAAGGCAUCAGAUUUAAAAAGAGUGUCUUCACUGAUGAAGGCAUCAGAUAUAAGAGAUUUGCCACAAACUAUCAUCAAUUGGACGACAAUGAAGAAAUUCGGGACAAGAAGUCUAAGUUUAGAGGAGAAGGCAUUCGUUUUAAGAAAACUCCGUUUAAUAGUGAAGGUAUCAGAUAUAAGAAGAGUCCCUUUAAUGAUGAGGGCAUCAGAUUCAAGAAGUCUGGUCACGCCUUUGCUAAUGAGGGCAUCAGAUACAAGAAGAGUCCCUUUAAUGACGAAGGGAUCAGAUUUAAGAAAUCAAACGACAAUUCUGAUGACAAUAACUUAAACGAUGAAUUUGUUGAUUCAAUUUCGGCCUCAAUUAAUGACAAUAAAUCAUUGGAUAAUCAAGCGAUAAGCAAAAAGUCACCGUUUAAUGGGGAGGGUAUCAGAUAUUAAUAGAUAUCCUAAUUGUUUUCUAGAUAUUAUUGUAAACUAAAUUAUAUCAAAAAAUAAUAAAAACAAUCAAACAACGCGCCUCUUAUUUUAUAAUAUAAACAGUAAAAUAUAAAUUAUAUUUAUU